UCUCCUCUCUUUUUUGAAGGUUGAAAACCAGAAAAAUGGCAAGCUUUACUCUCCUCAAAACCCUUCCAAAGUUUUGUCAUCUUGGUGCUGCAAUUGCAAGGAGAUCUACUGCCUCCAACCCUAUCCUCCUUUUGCCUUCUAACCCUAAAUUUAUGCAUACAGGUUCACCACAAGAUGCCAUCAACCCAGGAGCCCCAGAAGCCAAAGAUGCCAUAAACCCAGGAGCUAAUGAAGCAAUGAUGCCUGGUGAAAGUAUGAUGACAGAGGCYUACUCUACUGCACAACAUGUGAGGGAAAAGGCAAGCGAUAUGGGAGGCAUGGUGAYGAGUGAGAUUUCAGAGAAGGCGAAGCAGACGAUGGAAGCGGCGUGGGACUCCGCCCAGAGGGCAAAAGACACAGUGGUGGAGGCUACCAAAGAAUCUAAGGAAUUUGUCAAAGCAAACGCAGAAUCUGUCAAGAAGAGCAUGAACACCAAGAAUCGUCCUUGAACUUUUAUUUUACACACAAUUUUUCUCAUUCCAAUAUCCCCUCUUUUCCUGUCUUGGACACAGGUUUUGCCACAGGCAUGUUUUACUUAAUUUAAAUAACCCU